CUCCUAUAUUAAACCAACCCCAUUCUUUCAGGCUUUCCCCUUUUGUUAUUUUAUUUAUUAUUUUUCAUUUUUUCAGUCCAGAAAAAAAAAAAAAAAAAAGAGAAAAAUAUUUUCCCCGGGAUCUCCUGGGGUUUUGACAAAUGGGUCACUGUACCCUGUGAUGUUUGUCUCAGAUUCAAAAUUUUCUUCGCUUCCAGAGACUUCCUUUAGAAAGGGUCUAGGGUUUUCAUUUUCUACAGGGUAAUAGGGAUUGGAAAGGCCAAAUUUGACCGUUAUAAAGCUUGUUGGAAUCUCGGUUAACUGUAGAUCCUUGGAGACCUGGAAAUGUCAAUUUACUCUUCUGUGUCCUUUCCCGGAAGUUUUUCUUCCAUUGGACCAGGCAUCAAAAACUUGGAGCUGUUACCUCUGUCUUAAGGCAUGAAAGAGCCUUAAGCUGCAAACCCUGGGUUUUGGUUGGAGUUGUGUCAUAUUCAUAAUACCUAGGUGAGGAAGAAACACAUUAAAUUACCUCAGAAAUUAUGGAGUGCAACAAAGAUGAGGCAUUCAGGGCAAAAGAAAUUGCUGAAAGGAAGGUUACAGAGAAGGAUUAUGCUGGAGCCAAAAAGUUUGCUUUGAAGGCUCAAAAUUUGUAUCCUGGGCUUGAUGGUAUUGCCCAGAUGUUGACAACACUUGAUGUGUAUAUUUCUGCUGAGAAUAAAGUGAGUGGGGAAGUGGAUUGGUAUGGUGUGCUUGGUGUGAAACCAUUGGCCGAUGAUGAGGCGGUGAGAAAACAAUACAGGAAGCUGGCUCUGAUGCUUCACCCUGAUAAAAACAAGUUGGUAGGUGCAGAUGGAGCUUUUAAGCUUGUUUCAGAGGCCUGGAGCUUGUUAUCAGAUAAGUCUAAGAGAUUAGCGUAUAACCAGAAGAUAAAUUUCAGGGGAACACAACUGAAGUUUCCCACACAGAGUGGGGUUUCAUCAAUUCCACCCAGAGCAAAUGGCUCUCACAGUUCUAGUUCUAAUGUAAAGUUAAAUGCUAGGACUCAGAACAGUAAUAGCCAGGUAGGUCAAACCUCAUUUGCUGCUUCUGAUAAGAAGCCUGCUACCUUUUGGACUGUUUGCAAUAGAUGCAAGACACAGUAUGAAUACCUCAGGAUUUACCUGAAUCACACACUUCUAUGCCCUACUUGUCAAGAAGCGUUUUUGGCUUUAGAAAAGGCCCCACCUCCAAAUGUUUACAGGACAUCAAAUUGGUCUAGCCAACAACAGCAGGCUUCAGGGCAUCAUGCUGCUAAAAAUAAUCCAUUUAACUAUGGAACAAAUUCUUCUAUUGCUCAAAAUUCAGAACAUGAUGGAUUGGCCGGUCAUGGUUCAUCUAAUAAUACAAGCUUCCAAUGGGGUCCUUUCUCUGGGGCAGCUGGUGUUAGUAGUACUGUUCGACCACCUUCCACCAGUGCCGAAGCUGCAAGUGUUGUUUGGAAGGCACAAGAGAAAGUGAAAAGGGAGCAUGAAGAAGCUCUUAAAGCAGAGAGACUCCUGAAAAAGAGAAAAGAUGAUAUUUGUGUUGAUGGUUAUGUAGGUAACAUAUCAAGUCAAACAACCAUGGGAAAUGGACCUGGCUUGGGGAACACAUUUGAAUCUAGGGGUGUUUUUGAAAUAGGAAGUACCCAUGGGUACUCUGGUAACUAUAACAAGCCCAUCAGUGAGAGAGAAUUGUCAUUGUCUGAAAUUCGAAACAUGCUGAUGGAUAAGGCUCAGACUGUGAUUCGUAAAAAGCUUAAGGACUGGAGCUCUGUAACUGAAGCCAAAAAUGCUGACAAAGUUAAAGAGAAGGUCAGAGAGAAAGAAAAUAGGAAAGAGAGGAGCAUGGCCAGCGGAGAUGAACUUGAUACCAAUAAAGAAUAUCAAGACAAGCAGUCUCUGCCUGCCUCUUCUCCCGAUGGAUCAGAUACAGGGAUUGCACCAUUGUCGAUAAAUGUUCCAGAUCCUGAUUUUCACAAUUUUGACUUGGAUCGAAGUGAAAGUUCUUUUGAAGAUGACCAGGUCUGGGCUGCAUAUGAUGAUGACGAUGGGAUGCCCCGUUUCUAUGCUCGAGUUCACAGGGUGAUCUCCUUGAAACCUUUUAAGAUGAAAAUUAGUUGGCUUAAUUCAAGAAGCAACAGCGAAUUUGGUGUGCUGGACUGGAUAGGCUCUGGUUUCUCCAAAACUUGUGGGGAGUUUAGAAGUGGCAGACAUGAAAUUAGUGAAACAUUAAAUUCUUUCUCCCACAAGGUUCUAUGGACAAAAGGUACGCGAGGAGUAAUUAGAAUAUUUCCUAGAAAAGGGGAUGUCUGGGCUGUCUACAAGAACUGGUCUCCUGAUUGGAAUGAACAGACACCGGAUGAAGUGAUACACAAAUAUGACAUGGUGGAAGUGCUUGAUGAUUAUAAUGAGGAACAAGGAGUCUCUGUGGUCCCUCUAAUUAAGGUUAAUGGUUUUAGGACAGUUUUUCAUAAACAUUUAGACCCUGAAGAAGUCAGGACGAUUCCAAAAGAAGAGAUGUUUCGCUUUUCCCAUCAGGUGCCUAAUUACUUGCUUACAGGCCAAGAAGCUCAUAAUGCUCCAAUGGGAUGUCGUGAGUUAGACCCAGCAGCCACCCCUUUGGAGCUACUUCAGGUAAUUAAAGAAGCCAAUGAAGCACCUGUGGAAGAUGAUUCUCGGAAAACUGAUAAAGAGAUGUUAAAGAGUGCAAGAGAAGGUGACGGAGAUGGACUGGAGGAGAGAAUUGAUCAAAAGCCCAGGAAUGAUAGUUUGUAGAGAAUAGCAAACAAGCUAAGGAUGAUUAAUCAAUGGUGCUUUCCAACAGAACCAUAGGAUGCUGAUGUGUUGAUAAUGCUGAGAAGGCUAAGAAUAUAGAAUAUGGAGACUACUGACUGCACCAGCUUGGUGAGUUUUGAUAUUCUAAGCUUGGUCCAAACUGUAGAAAUUGCUUUUUUUGUUGUGCCAUAUUUGGAUCCAAGAGCGGUACAUUUUUUUAAUUAUUUUUUUGAUAGUAAAAGCUUCAUUCAAAAACUCAUGCUUGACUACUCAAACUUUAGUAGGAGUUGCUUCUAUAUAUGAUGUUGUCCUGGUGUGAGCUAGGCCUUAUCCAAACACUAUGAAGUACCCACUGGAAACCUUAACAUUUGCUACCCGCUCUGAGGCUUGAAGGUCGGGUUGAAAAUGCAGAAACCUUCAAGCUCUACACCAAUUACUUCACUCCUUGGCCCAUUACUCUUUUUUGAUGACGAGAAUGCUUUGGUUAGUCACAUUGCCUGUUACUGUGGGCUUCAGUUCCGACAACUCAAUUUUGUGGGCUUGAAGUUGAUAUUUCAUGGCAAUGAAACGUCAAUACUGUUGUGAAACGGUAAACUGCUGAGCUUGAAAUCUCAAACGAGUUUGUCAGUUUGCCACGGGUUGUUCACAUUCUAUUAGUAUUAUUUUUUGACUAACGAGGCCCACUUGACAAAAGAGACAAAUCCCAAACUCAAUUCCACCCCUAUAACCUGUUCGCCAAACGAAGAUUCCAAAUGAAGAAAAGAUCUCUACCCCCAACAUCUUGUGAAGACAAAAAGAAGAAGAAAUCAACGCCCUUUUAUUGACUUUUGUCGGCUUUGUUGAAGUAAACCCAGUCCUACUAUUUCCAUAGGGCCUAGAAGCGUAGAAUUUCUUUUGCAGACAUCAAUGCAGAAGACUUGUCAAAAUGUGAACGGAGAAUCUUAAUACCCAUUUUAUUUAUUUACUAGGCGGGCAUAUGGCCCAGAAGCCAAAAAGUAUACAAAGGAAGUUUCUCAGGCAGUCCUUUUUCAAGGUCAUGUUCCAGGUACUUCCAGUAUCAAAUUCCACUAAGAAUUUAUUUUUUUAGCUUGGUUUCUGAAGGAGAUAUUCUCCAUGUACUGUUAAAUUAGACACAGGCGCUCCCUCUAUUGAAGAACUAAGCAAUAGUGACUUUCGGUGAUUUUGCUUUUUUAUUUAUCUAUUGUUUUUAACCUUCCCUAAUAGUUAUUCUUUUUAAUUAACAAAGCAACCACAGUAAAUUCCAAACUUUUGUAACCAUAUUUUCAAUUUAAUAAUGUGUAUUUUCCAUUUUUACUAUAGAUUGGUAAAAUUUGUGGUGGCCCCCUCCCGCAAUAAAUUGAAUGCGUUCUAACUUUAAAGCCU